AUGUUGAGAUCUUUACCAAGAUUUACAAAGAAUUCGUUUGUGAUUAAGAGAUAUUCAUCAUCUUUGCUGGCAAAGAAUGAAGAAGCUGAAUUUGCCAAUAGAAAGCAAAUCAUAUCUGAAUCACCAAAUUCAUAUUAUAAGACAUUAAAUGAAAUAAGAUUCAAAGAUGCUAACAGAUUAAGAAUACCUGAAUUUCGUCAAAAGUUUGUGGAUUUCCAAUGGCCCGAAAAUAAAAGAAUUGAUGAAGAAUACACUAUAGAAGGUAAAAUUCAAAGUAUAAGAAGAUCUGGUAAAGGUAUGGUAUUUAUUGAUAUUAUUCAAGAUUUCCAAAAAAUUCAAUUAGUUUUAAUGAAUAAAAUGAUUGGAUUAACCAAGGAAGAAUUCUCUGAACAUCAUGAUCAUUUCCAAAAAGGUGAUUUUAUUAUAGCAAAAGGGUUCCCAGGUAUAACAAAUGUUGGUGAAUUAUCAUUAAAAUGUUCAAAUUCAAUUAUAUUAGCAUCACCAACUUUACAUCCAUUACCACCAAAAUUAUCAAAUCCUGAAAAAAGACAUUCAAAUAAAAUUGUUGAUUAUUUAGUUAAUAAAGAUUCACAAAAUUCAAUAAUUAUAAGAUCAAUAAUUAUAAAUACUUUAAGAAAUUUUUUAAAUAAUAAAGGAUUUUUAGAAGUUAAUACACCAAUAAUAUCAAAUUCAUCAAAAGGUGCAAAUGCUACGCCUUUUAUAACAUCAUCUCAACAUAUAAAAGAUUCCAAGGGGAAUCCAUUAGAUUUACAAUUAAGAGUUGCACCUGAAUUAUGGUUGAAAAAACUAAUCAUUGGUGGAUUUGAUAAAGUUUAUGAAAUUGGUCAAGUUUUCAGAAAUGAAGGUAUUGAUAGUACACAUAAUCCAGAAUUUACAACAUGUGAAUUUUAUCAAAGUUUUACAAAUUUAGAAGAAUUAAUGAAUAUGACUGAAUUAAUUUUCCAUGAUAUUUCCAAAGCAGUCUCAAAAUUUGAACAAUCACAAGAUGCUAUUAAAUUAAUUAAUCAAGAUGGUUCUCAUUUCCAAAAAUUAGAAUUCAUACCAACUAUUGAAUCACAAACUGGUAUUAAAUUCCCUCAAGAAAUAAAUCCAGAUUCAUUAUUAGAAUAUUUUCAAAAGAUUAAUAUUGAACCACCACAAAUUAAAAGUUCACCACAAUUGUUAGAUAAAUUAGCAUCAAUUUACAUUGAACCACUUUGUACCAAACCAACAUUUAUUUAUCAUCAUCCAGCAAUAAUGUCACCAUUAGCCAAAUCUACCAUCAUUAGCUAUUCAUCAGAUCAAAAUUAUGAAAUUUCUCGUAGAUUUGAAUUAUUUAUUAAGGGAAAGGAAUUUGUUAAUGCAUAUGAAGAAGAAAAUUCACCAUUUGAACAAGAAUUAAAAUUUAAAUUACAACAAUCUAUGAAAGAUGAAUUUAAUGAUGAUGAAAGUAUAGUACCAGAUUCUAAAUAUGUUAAAUCAAUGGAAUGGUCAAUGCCACCAACUGGUGGAUGGGGUAUUGGUAUUGAUAGAUUAAGUAUGUUUUUCAGUGGAAAAGAUAGAAUUGAAGAAGUUUUAACUUUUGGUACUUUAAAUGAUGUUUUAAAACAAUAG